GCUGCGCGCCCGGAAAGGAACCCCAUCCAGCUCCGCGCCCCGCGCCCGCACCCCGGCCGGCUCUGUGCGCCCGUGCGCCUCGGACUCCGGCCGGACCUGCAGGGCAGGACUGGGCGCAUUGGCCGGCGGGGCCCCCCGGGUGGCGGAGAAGACUCUUCAAGAGUUAAUACAUUUGAUAAGAACAAUGGCUGUAAAAGUACUACUAGAACAAGAGAAAACUUUUUUCACUCUCGUAGUUUUACUGAGCUAUUUGUCAUGUAAAGUGAUUUGUGAAACAGGAGACUGUAGACAACAAGAAUUCAGGGAUCGGUCUGGAAAUUGUGUUCUCUGCAACCAAUGUGGGCCAGGCAUGGAGCUGUCUAAGGAAUGUGGCUUCGGCUAUGGGGAGGAUGCACAGUGCGUGACGUGCCGGCCGCACAGGUUCAAGGAGGACUGGGGCUUCCAGAAAUGCAAGCCGUGUCUGGACUGUGCGCUGGUGAACCGCUUUCAGAAGGCAAAUUGUUCAGCCACCAGCGAUGCCACCUGUGGGGACUGCUUGCCAGGAUUCUAUAGGAAGACAAAACUGGUUGGUUUUCAAGACAUGGAGUGUGUCCCCUGUGGAGAUCCUCCGCCUCCUUACGAGCCGCACUGUGCCAGCAAGGUCAACCUUGUGAAGAUUGCAUCCACGGCCUCCAGCCCACGGGACACAGCCCUGGCUGCCGUCAUCUGCAGCGCCCUGGCCACCGUCCUGCUGGCCCUGCUCAUUCUCUGCGUCAUCUACUGUAAGAGGCAGUUCAUGGAGAAAAAGCCCAGCUGGUCUCUGAGAUCACAGGACAUUCAGUACAACGGUUCUGAACUGUCAUGUUUCGACAGACCUCAGCUCAACGAAUAUGCCCACAGAGCCUGCUGCCAGUGCCGCCGCGACGCGGCCCAGACCUGCGGGCCCGUGCACUUGAUCCCGUCCGUGUGCUGCGACGAGGCCUGCGGCGCCGAGCGGGCGGCUCUUGGCUGCGGGAUGCUUUCUGCGGCCACACUGCAGGAGAGAAGCGCAGGCCCCGUCGGGGAGGCGAUGCCGGCUUUCUUCGGGUCCCUGUCCAGGUCCGUCUGUGGCGAGUUUUCGGAUGCCUGGCCUCUGAUGCAGAAUCCCAUUGGCGGCGACAACAUCUCUUUUUGUGACUCUUAUCCCGAACUCACCGGAGAAGACAUUAAUUCUCUCAAUCCAGAAAAUGAAAGCUCAACAUCUUUGGAUUCAAAUAGUAGUCAGGAUUUGGUUGGUGGGGCUGUUCCAAUUCAAGCUCAUUCUGAGAACUUUACAGAAACUACUGAUUUAUCUGGAUACGACACCACGCCGACAGAACCGGCACUGACUCGGGACGCGCUGACUAGCAGCCAGCCGGCUCCGGAGAGUGGCGCUGUCAUUAACCUACCCGUGCACACGUCUCUCCAGGAAGCUUAAAGAACUUGCCUCUCUCUGCAGUAGACGUGUGUGUCUGGAGCCCAAAGGACCCUCCUCCGUUAGGCUUAUGGACUAAGCAUAGUCUGCACCGAGCACAGCUUCUGGGGAAAAAAUAAAUCCGAACCAAACUGAUGGCAUUUUAAGCCUUUCAACCAGUCGCUUCUGUGCCAGGCCAGCUGUAAGCUGAAACCUCUGUGAAUAAUAAGAAGACUCCAGGCAGACUCAUGAUACUUUGUGUCUUUUCUAUACUAGAACCUUCUCUCUACAAUAGUGACUUCAAAGACUGAGGGGUUGAAUUUGCAGCCUACAAGAUUGCGGACCUAUAACAAGAAACAGAAAUGCAUUCGUUUCUUGUUUGCAUGGUGAAUGUGGUUUUGUGAGACUGAAGACCCAGAGUAUAAAUUUUCAUGUACAUUUUCCUUCCAGAAGAGUUUCAUACAGCCUAUGAAAUGUCAGAUUCAUGACUUUAGUUUUUAUGUGGAAUGGGUUUCAAAGUGAGUGUUUCUAUAUGAAAAGGUCACUUUUUCAUCAUCUAAACUGAUUAGCUUAGGUGGUUAGAAUUGACUUCAUAUUGCCUGCUUAAACCUUGGGUUUAUUAGCUGAAGUUAACUGACCUAAGUAGGAAUCAGAGGAGAACAAUUUCUUUCUAGAAGCACCUCUUCUACCCUCAGCCUCUGUCUCAUGAACAUCUGCCAGGGCCGGCAGCAAGACGGGCCCGGCUUAGGGAACGUUGUCGGGAAAAGGGAGGCUCGUCGCCCUGAGUUAAAAACCACUUAAUGCACAUAUCCUGGAGACUUGUAUGCAAAGGUUAGCAUAUUUAUGUGAAAACUAGUUAAUAUAGAAACAUUGUUACAACUGUCCCUGUACCUGAGCUUAGAAGAGCCAGAAUUUCUUUUAUAGAAAAGUGGGAUUCAUGGACAUAAUGAUCUUUUAUUUGCAUUGUAUCUUAUACUAAAGGCUUUAGAAAUCACAGCAUAUCAAGUCCCCUACUAAUGAAGUAGUCUUCAGUGAGAAUACUCUACAUAUCCGAACCAGGAGAAAACUUGCACAAUUUGGGGAGGGGGGUUAGGUGAACAGCCUGUAACUGCCAUGGUGUAGUUUGACCGUGACAUUUGUAUUGUUCCCUCCAAUCUUGUAAGAUUAGUUAGUACGUGAUCUCCUAUUUUUAGCCAAUAAUGUUGGAUUUAAGAGAACGGUGCUGCUUCUGUUAAGGUGCUCUGUCACCUACCACUUUGGUAAUUUACGAACUAAAAUUGUCUCUAGGGCUAAGAAAUUAACCCAGUUCAGUCAUGAAGCAGGGAACAGCUCGUUUGCUCUUAAUCUUCAUGCCCUGGAGAAGACUUAAUUGAGCAGGAUUUUUUUUUUCCUUGCUUGAACCUACAUGAUCAGAUAUGGCCCUUGUCUUUUAACUGCUUACUGUUAGCUCUGUCACCUUUAUAUUAAUACUGAAAAAAGAAAUAGACUUUUGAAUAUCGGUAUGUUAGAGUGCACUAAGAUACUUUGUUUUGGAAUUGCCUGGCCCAAAUUAAUGUCUUUUACCUAACAUUUAAACUGAAUACUGAAAUUAACCGCUAUUUCCUAGGACAUUUUUAUUUUCUCACUUAUUCCCCAUGGUUUUCUCUCUUUGCAAGACAUUAGAAUACCUGGAUGAGCCUCUUCCAUGUGGCCUUUUCUGUAUUCAUGGUUUUAAGUCCUGGUAUGUGGAAACUAGCUUGCCUGUGCCUGGCACUUCUCGUGACCUCAGUUCCCUUACCUGAAACAGGAAAUUAACAUGUCUCAUGGCAACCCACAAUCCUUCACGUCUACCUAGUGCCCAGUAAUCGAAUGACUUUUUCUUUUUUCUUUUCUUUUUUUUUUUUUUAGCAUAAACCAGUGGUUCCUAAGCUUUGGCAGUCACCAAGUCUUAUGAGAAUUGCCUUUAGGACACUAUGUAAAAUAUUUAGGAUUUGACCACAAGACAGCUAUGAAAAUACAAGUAGAGCUUCCUCGAGUGACUUCACUGUAAUUCACAUGUGUGCCAUUGUUUGCAAUCCGAUCACUUUUGUUAUGACAGAGGGAUGAUCAAAGUCGGCCAGGGUUGUGUUCCUUUGUGUAACGUGAAUAUACUUUCCAUAUGCAGAGCCCUGAUUCACUUCAAAGACAAACGCUUGCUGGAGAAAGCCAGAUUGAUGGGAAUGAGACUUUGGCCCCAAAUCCUGAAACAUCACUUUUGAUCAGUAGAGAAAUGCUUAGGGUUGAAAAUUGAUUUCAUUUGAUACUGCAUUCGAAAAAUCCUGGGUUACUUGUAUCAAGACUGAAGACAUUUUACCACCACCUACUCUAGAAACACACCACAGUGUUAUAUUUUACAUUCUUUGUAAAUAUUUGAGGCAAAAAAUUCAAUUUGCAUUUCACAUUGUUGGAAUAUCCAGCAACACUCAAUAAACUCAGCUGCCAGAGCGCUGACGUCAGGAAACCUGCCUGGGUAAUACGCACGGCCCAGUGGGCAUAAAAUAAUCACUGUGGCUUUUCACGCUGAAGAAUCUCCUUGACAAGAAUGAGACAAGGAUUUCGAGAGCAACCAAGUAAAGUCAUGGGUUUUCCAAUGUGUAUAUGGAAUAUAUUUUUCAAAUAUAGAUUUUUCUACCUUAGAGGAAGUGUUAAUUUUAUUAAAAAAAAAAGGAAAGGAAAAAUAUCCAUCGUUACUUUAAGAUAGCUUGAAUCAAUUUAGAUGUCAUCAUUACUAUUUUGCAUACUGGAAUUUAUAAAUUUGUAAAUUAUCAUUUUCUUACACAAAUAACUUUGUAAUGCCUUUUUUUAUUUGUGAAUAAAAUUGUUACCUGGUAUUCUUAUGUA